AUGCACACCUUCUCCCGUCCUGCCGUCCUCUUGGGCGCCCUCGCUGCCGGAGCCGGUCUCGCGGCUGCCGAGGAAUACCCUCGCCCCUACGUCACCGACUACCUACCAUACAACGAGGGCUUCUACGGGAACCACCCCAACCAAAGCUUCAAGUCCUCAAAGACACUUGCUCCCCUCUUCCAGGUCAACCAGUGGGACCCAAGUCGCUCUGGCCUAUCCAGGUAUCUCUUCGUCUCGAACCCGGCCGGCUUACAGCAAUCCUCGCCCUUCAUAAUCGAUACUACGGACCUGAGCAUGGUCUAUGGUGACCCCUCCUGGUCAUCUGUGAACAACCCUAGGAUACAGGAAUACAAUGGCCUUCCGUACUUCACAUUCUGGGAGGGCAGGGAUUUUAGCGGCCACGGCCUGGGCCACUGCCUGCUCUACGACUCGUCGUACCAGCAGGUCUACAACAUCUCGGUGAAGAUGAUCGACACCCAAAUGGACUCGCACGAAUGCCAGUUGACAGACGACGGGACGGCUCUGGUAACCGCCUACGAGAAAAUACCAUUCGACAUGAGCAAUGCGCCUGGGGGCGGGCCUGCGAAUGGACAGUUGUUAGACAGCCUAUUCGAGGAGAUUGACAUUGCCACAGGCGACAUCAAAUUCCUCUGGCGCGCCAGUCACCAUUUUGACAUCAACAACACGGAGGUGAACUGGGGGCCUGGCGACUACGGCGCACAGACCGAGGAUGUCGGCUGGGACUUUUUUCACAUCAACAGCCUGCAGAAGACCAAGGCAGGCAACUACUUGGUUUCGGGCAGGCGCAUAAACUCGUUGAUACACGUCAGUGGACAGGACGGAUCCACCAUUUGGCAGUUAGGCGGCAAAGACAACCAGUUCUACGACCUGAGCGGCGGGAACGCGACAAAUUUUGGCUUUCAACACACCGCGCGCUUCCUCAACGAUGAUCUGACCGAGCUCACCCUGUUCGACAACCACGACCUCGACCCGGCCAAACCCUCUCCUGGCUGCCCAGAUGGCUGCUCCAGGGGGCUCCACCUGCGCCUCAACUACGACGACCCCAACAACUUCACCGCCGAGGUGCUUCACGAGUAUUACCACCCCAUGAGCAUCGCAUCCUGGGCCAUGGGAGGUUUCCAGAAGCUGUCCAACGGCAAUGUCCUCGUCAGCUGGGGCACCACGCCGGUCAUUACAGAGUACACCGAAGACGGUGAGAUCGUUCUCGACUUGCAGCUCGGUCCAUGGUACGACGAGGCCGGGAACAUGGAACCGGUUUAUCGGGCAUGGACUUCGAAUUGGACAGCAUAUCCAUCUUGGGAGCCUGAUGUUGCGGCUGCGGACGGAUAUGCCUAUGUCAGCUGGAAUGGGGCCACUGAGGUGGAUUCGUGGGAUCUGAUGGAGGGGAAUACCCAGGACAACAUCAGCUUCACAGGCAACACGAAAAAGGUUGGAUUCGAGACGGUGAUCCCUCUCAAGACGAAUGCAGCUUUUGUCGUGGCGAAUGCAUUGGCAGCGGAUGGCACCAUUCUGGGCACCACGAAUGUGUGGGAUAUGGCACUUGGAGCAACGGUGAGCAACUGGACACGAACCCCCUUCUUCUACUACCCCUGGGCCUUCUCGUCUGGCCUGUAA